AUGAAUAAUUAUCAAGAUAAUUCCUCGCAGCAAGAACAACACCAAACUACUAUUGAGUUCCUAUCGUCUCUCUUAUCCAACAUUUCCCGUGCCCUCCACCUCCCUCUUCCUAUCUUUCUUCAUUUCGCACUUGCUAUCGCUCAAUUGUUUCUUGAAAACUACUUACGCCAAGCGAUCAUCUCCACACAACCAAGUUCUAACAUUGAUCAUACAAAUCCUGACGUCGAUCAGGAUGGUCCUAACCACGAACACGAUGGAUCCUACUUCAAUGAAGAACCCUACUUCGAUCGCGACUCCGGAUUCGGAGGCUUUAAUAAUGACCAUGAAGGUUCAAAUUUCGGACAAGGUGGUCAUAAUUUAA